AUGAACGAACUUCGGGAACUAGACGAAAUUCAACAACUCCAGGAUUUUGAGUCAUACCCUAUGACAAGGUCGAUAAGGGACCGCUUAGACCCCUUUAGAACAUGGAGUGAUAGGGGUUUUAGGCGCCGGUACCGUUUCUCAAAGGAUACUGUACGAUACAUCAUUGAGGUGGUGCGUCCUGAUUUGCAAGCGAGUGAGUUCAACAAUGCGAUACCACCAGACUUGCAAGUGCUGGAUACAUUGCGACUUUCCGCCAAAGGCUCCUACCAAGACGACGCCUCCCAUAUUCACGGCUUUAGUCAGCCUACGCAAUCGCGGAUAGUGCGUAGAAUUUCAGUAGCCCUGGCCAGCAGGCGAGUUCACUUUAUCAAGUUUCCCGUGCUCCCAGCUGAGCAAGAAGACGAAAAGACUCAGUUCCUGAGGAGGUUUGGCUUCCCGUUCACCGUUGGCGUGAUAGAUUGCACGCAUAUUCGCAUUAAAAGCCCCGGUGGACAAGUUGCACAAGUGUACAUAAACAGAAAGGGGUACUACUCCCUGAACAUGCAGCUAGUGUGUGACGCAAAAGAGGCUAUCACAAACGUCGUUGCGCGGUGGCGAGGAAGCGCUCACGACUCAAGGAUAUGGCAGGAGUCUGAGCUCCACAGGACAUGUUCCUCUGGUGCAAUACAUGGAGUUCUUGGAGACAACGGUUAUGCAACAACAGAGUACCUGCUGACACCACUCCUGAGACCUCGAGCUGAACGAGAAGAGCGAUUCAACGCCGCACACCGCAAAACUAGGCAGCUCAUUGAACGUGUCAUCGGGCAACUGAAAAACGAGUUCCGUUGCCUCAUCAGAAAACUGGAAGCCAGGCUGGAAACAGCAAAGGCUGUCAUAGUCGCUGUGUGUGUUCUCCACAACCUUGCAAAAACACACUAUGGUUGGUCACGCAAAACAUGCAUUCACCAGACAGUUUCAUCUAAGAGGCAGACUUCUUCAGAUGAGGAAGACGAUACCUCGAGCAGCGACGAUGACAGCAGCGAUGAAAUCUACUCCCUCGCUGACACAUCUGACACUGAAGAAUACCAAAUUCCUCCCCAAGGAAGUGGAUCAUCAUUCCGUUCAAAUAUCAUCGCAACCUAUUUUACCCACUGA